GCUAGGCGGCCUUUGGCCGGCAACUUUUAAAUUUAAUUGUUAAUUUUAAUUAGCGCGGGGGUAGGUGGGGCACGACCCAACCAUCAAUCCUUGCCACGUGCAGGGCAAUUAGGCUACCCUCCAGGAUAAUUGGGUGCCGGGUGGGGGUAUUGAUUAAGCAGGCGGGCUCCUUCACAACGCUUUGUAAUCACGUCGUUUUGCAAGCGGGGCCCCCUAUCUCCCUCUAGUAUGCCUAAGAAAGGACAAGGGGGGCCAAAAGGGAAGGGAAAGGCCCCCAGAGCAGGGGGGAGAUGCCCACCCCCAGCGGCGGAGGGGGCAAGGAGUGGGGAGGGGCCACCAUGGGCGGCCAUAUUAGCCAGGUUGGAAGCCCUAGAACAUGGCUCAAGCCACCCUAAUGCACCCCGGGACCAACCUGUGACAGGGAAGAAGAAAGACCCACCACCCAAACGGUCUCGGGGGAAAACACAGCGGCCAGUGAACAGUGCUGAUGCAGGGGCUGUUGCUUCCAUCUUAGCGCGACUGGAUGUGCUGGAGGCCGGGCUCAGGGCUGAGGCGAGGACGCCCAGCAUAGAGCCAGGCGCAACUCCCACCCUGCAAGCAGCCCCAACAAUGCAGCCCGCACAAGGACCUUCGGCGGAAAGCACACAGGAUCGCUGGACAAGAUCGGAGCAGCCACGCAUCCUCCUAUGUGGCCACAGUAUGAUGUUCUGGGCAGGCCGCAGGGCGGCGAAGUCUCGCUUCGGCACGCAGCUGGGGCUCAGUCAAUGGGCCGCAGUGCGGUGGCUGGGACGUCGGGGGAUGCGUUGGGAUGGGCUCCUGCCAGCCUUGUUUCAACCGGCUGUGGAAGUGGCAGCGCCCCAGGUGCUGGUGAUCCACCUCGGGGGCAACGACUUGGGUCUGUUAAAGGGCAAGGCCCUAAUUGAACAGGCAUGCGGUGACCUCCGGGCCAUUGCACGUCGCUGGCCGGGGGUGCACUUAGUGUGGUCAGACAUCCUGCCGCGCAGGAGGUGGAAUUGUGCCGGUGACCCACGAGGGAUGGACAGGGCACGGAAAAAGGUGAACAGGCAAAUUCAGAGGGCCCUUAGGGACUUAGGAGGUUCUGUCAUCCACCACCCAGAGGUGGGCCACAACAAGCUUGAGCUGUUUCGGCCUGACGGCGUCCAUUUGACGGACAAGGGCAACGACAUCUUUCUAAGGGACCUGCAGAAGGGUUUACACCAGAUUCUUAUCGGGUGUGGGGUAAAGGGGGACUAAGCAGAGGCUUGUCCCCCUUCUGUGGCGAAGAAGUGCGGGGAAAGGUUAAAGGGAAAGGGCAGCUAGGUGACACCUUUAGGCACCUUUGGGGGUGACAGGCGGUCCGGAGGCCUGCAGCUCAGGGCUACACGGCCCGGGGACAGGGUACGGGCCGCCUUUGGGGCCAACGUGCCUCAUCCGCUCAGAGUUUCAGGGCUCCGAGGGGCGGUGAUGCGGGUUGGACCCCCUACACAUCUUCAGGGUGUGGCUGGAGCUGGGGGGCUGGCACAGGGCAGCCCCAGGCUCAGGCAGGGCAUGAUCGCCCGAUAGCUGCUAACAGGCUUUGCCUGGAUCUCCAGAACGCCCCGCCCUUAAUCUCCCUUCUGCAGGUUCAUUAUUCAAUUGAUUCUGUUUAAAUAAAGUGGCCCAUCAUUUA